AUGAAACUAGAAGUGCUACUUUUAUUUUUCGUUGGUCGUAUGUCGGGCCAUGGCGCAGAGGACUUCUGUCUGGAGACCAAAAGCUCGAUAUUGCACGAUCAUGUUCUAGUUGGCCAUGUGAUUACCUCGUUGGUAACCCGUGGAUUUCUCUCUUGUGCUCAAAGAUGCCUGUCAAUGUCGCCGUGUUCGUCAUUCAAUUAUCAAACGUCAGCGGUAAGAGAUGGCAUUUGUGAGUUGAAUAACAAUGAAGAUGGAGCGGUUCGUUCAAAGGUGACUCCGAAACAUGGAUUUGCCUUUGGCCAGAUACAACGAAAAGAAAAACCGCACAGCUGUCUAGAAGCGGCGCACAGAGGUGCCCGCGCAUCUGGUUUCUACUGUAUCCAAGACGGUGACGGUCAUCUCUAUAAAAUGUAUUGCGACCUGGCCUCUGAACCCGGUUGGGCCUGGACAUUGGUCACCUCACAAGGCUUAAGCAACAGGGAGGAACAAUUUGCGUCGGUAGGGCUACUUGUUGAUUCUCCAAAGAAUACAGAAAUGGCCAAUUGGCAAGCUUACAGACUACCGUUAAGUAAAAUGACGAAAUUAAAAUCUCAGUCAACGCAUUGGCGAAUAACGUGUAGUUUCCCAACACUUGGUGUCGAUUAUAAAGAUUAUGUGAGGGCAGAAUUCCAGAAAUUCGAUAUUCUGACUUUUAUGGCAGGCAGAGAGUGCAAAGAAGUGGAGUAUAUCGAUGUUCGAGGGCAUAAUUGCUCACAAUGCACCGUAGCCUGGGGACAGAAAAAUAAUCUUUUCUUGACACACCGCAGUGACGUCAACGAGUGCGGGCGCGGCCCCACUCCACAUAACAUUGAUGGGGAACAGACUUUCGGACGGUACAAAAAAGGGCGAAAUCCAAAGUUUCGAUGUACUUCAGCCAAUUCAUCCACUACCAACUAUUGGUUUGGCCACAAAUUAAAUUUAAAGGAUUCGUUUGAUUGAGCGGUUUUUUAAAGUUUUAGUGUCAUAAAGAGGAAUGUUUUUAGAUUCGUUAAAUUUUGAAGGAAAGGCACACCAUAUAUUAGAUUCUAGCGUGCCAGUCUUCACCAUUCCAGUAUCACUUUUACACCUUCAAUCUAUGCCCUUGGACCGGAAUGUGACGGCAAUAUCCACGAGGAUCCCAGACAAAUGGUGUUACCUUUUAUGGGGGUAUGUCACCACGACUGGCCAUCAUGACUGCACUGAGGAACGUGAUUUACCAACAGCCGAUGAGGCAAUCACUAAAACUGUUUCACAGAGAACUCAAGGGGCUCGGUC